AUGCUGAGAAAUAUUGAAUUAGCUAAAGUUAGCAUAAAAAAUUUAAAGCAAUUAAAUGAAGAUAAAAAAAAUGUCAUUGUUCAGGGUUUUGUUAAAAAAAUUCAUAAACAAAGUAAUGUAUUUUUUGCCCAUAUCUCUGAUGCCUUUUCAAAUGAUCAAAUUCAAGCUGUGAUACCAAGGGAGAUAGUGAAAAAAAUUAAUGCCGGAACGUCUAUUGAAAUUAGUGGUGACUGGUUAAAAAGUUUAGGUAAACAACAAAAUUUUGAAUUAGUUGCUAAUAGUUGUAAAAUUUAUAAUAUUAAUCAAAGUCAAAUUAUUAAAGGGUCCAGUGAUUCAUUAAGAAAAUCACCACAUUUAAGGCCUGGUUUUCCAGGAUUUGCCAAUAUUUUAAAACUGCGUUCAAAGAUAAAUUAUCUAACACAUAAAUAUUUUUAUGAAAAUAAUUUUAUACAUAUUGAUACACCAUUAUUUUCAUUAAAUGAUUGUGAAGGAGCUGGUGAAACAUUUGUUGUUAAGGCACAAAAUGAUAAUGAUUUUUUUGGUGAUGAUGAAAUUUACCUUCCUGUUAGUGGACAACUUCAUCUUGAAGCAUGUGCUGGUCCUUUGACAAAAGUAUAUACAUUAAAUGGAGCAUUUAGAGCAGACAAAAGUUUAACACGUCAACAUAUGGCUGAAUUUAGAAUGCUCGAAGUUGAAGUAGGAUUUUGUGACGAUACCGAAAUAUUAUGUAAUAUAGUUGAAGAUUAUAUAAAGUAUUUACGAAAUAAUUUAUUAGAAGAUGAUGAAGAUAUUAAAGAAAUUCAAAGAACAUUUUCUGAUAAAAAUAGGAAAAAAAGUUUAAUAGAAAUUGUAAGUGAUAAACAGUUCCCAAGAAUUAAUUAUGAAGAAUGUGUAGACAUAUUAAAAAAAUUAAAAAAAAAAUCUACGUGUAAUGGUUUUAAUAAGGAUGAAGAAUUUACACUACUUAAAUAUUUUAAUUCACCCUUUUUCAUAUUAAAUUUUCCUUCCAAUCAAAAACCUUUUUAUAUGAAAAGAUUUAAUAGUAAUGAUAAUGUAUAUACUAAAAGUUUUGAUUUUUUAUCACCAUUUGUUGGAGAGUUAGCUGGUGGUUCAAUUAGGGAAGAUUCAAUUGAAGAAUUAGAGAAACAUAAUAUAAAAAAUAUAAGUUGGUAUGUUGAAUUGAGAAAACAUGGAUAUCCAAUAACUGGGGGCUUUGGUAUAGGAAUUGACAGGUUAAUACAAUCAAUGUUUGCUAUAGCUAGCAUUAAAGAUACAAUACCAUUCCCACGAUACUACAAACAUUGUAAAUGUUAA